AUGUUCAGGUCUGCUGCAGACGAUGCCAAUCCUGGAGGAGCCGGUCCUCCUGCUGCCCCUCCAAACACCACCAGCAACCGCCGACUGCAGCAGACACAAGCACAAGUGGAUGAGGUGGUGGAUAUCAUGUGUGUGAAUGUGGGUAAGGUUCUAGAGAGAGACCAGAAGCUCUCUGAGCUGGACGACAGGGCCGAUGCUCUGCAGGCCGGGGCGUCACAGUUCGAAAGCUGCGCUGCCAAACUGAAGAACAAAUACUGGUGGAAGAAUUGCAAGGAGAGUCAUCGUGACUGCAUGAAAUCAGGAUAUUAAUUAAUAAUUAAGCAAGGGAAUUUACAGUAAAAAAGUGAGAUAGGU